CUCUCAUGUCUCCUCUCACUUUAUUCUUCAUUUUGCAAAACUUGCUUCUCCUCUCAGUAGCAGAUGUGAUUUUAAUCAGGAGAGAGCUUUACGGAUAUUAAACCUCAUAUUUUUGCGUAAAAACUUCUACUCGUGUGCGUAACGGCAUCACCACCAUCCCUCUGAUCUACACGGAUGUCCAGCUUCCAGGAGAGGAUAUGUAUCAGGGCAUAAUGACCACCAACCACGGACCCCCUUCCUAUGAGGCCGGAUUUCUGCACAACACCUCGGCGGGCACCUCUCCGGUAUACGUGCCCACCACGCGGGUCGUCACCCCCAUGAUCCCGGCGUUGCCGUACCUCCAGACGCCGGCCGCGUCGCAGCAGAGCAGCCCGGUUUCGAGUCACUCUGCCUGGGCGCAGCAGUGCAGCGACUCGGUGCCCUCGUCGUACAACCACUCCCCGGUGUCCCCGCGGUUCGCCUUCUCCACCAGCCCGCCUCUGUCCUCCGGGGUGGUCGCGGCCCGGGAGACGGCAGCGUCUUACAGCAGCCCGCUAAACAUCUCUAACGGGAGGGAACACUACGGCGCCCGGAGCCUCGGCGGGUCGUAUCACAGCCCCUACCCGGCCUACAUGAGCCCGAACGUGGGUGGGACGUGGCCGGCGUCCCCCUUUGAUAGCCCGGUCCUCCACGGUCUCCAAGCCGGCGCUCCUCACGGCACGACACGGCACCCAAACAUAGACCUGUUUGAUGACUUCGCUGAGGGGCGAGAGUGUGUGAACUGCGGGGCGAUGUCGACCCCCCUCUGGAGGCGGGAUGGUACCGGCCACUACCUGUGCAACGCCUGCGGACUGUACCACAAGAUGAACGGCAUCAACAGACCUCUCAUCAAACCUCAGAGACGGCUGUCUGCCUCGAGGAGGGUGGGCCUGUCCUGCUCCAACUGUCACACCACCCUCACCACUCUGUGGCGACGAAACGCAGAGGGAGAGCCGGUUUGCAACGCCUGUGGCCUCUAUAUGAAACUCCACGGGGUACCACGACCCCUGGCUAUGAAGAAAGAAGGGAUCCAGACCCGCAAACGCAAACCCAAGAACCUCAACAAGUCCCAAACUGGGACCCCAGGCAGUGAGGGGACUCCAGUCACACCAAGCAGCACUCCCCGGGCCUCCACCACCGCAGAGGAGACUCGGCAGAUAAAGACGGAGCCCGACACUCACAGCUUGUACACACACCACAGUGCACACGCACAGAUUUCAGCCCUGCCAGCCUACAUGACCGCUCAAGGCGGGGCCCUUCCUCUCAAGAUGUCCCCUGGAGGCCACGGUGGGUCCUCCGGCUCCAAAGCUGAGCCCUGGAACAGCCUGAUCCUGGCCUAGAACACCUGCCACCCAGCAUCUCAAACCAGCCUUCCUAUAGAGGAGAAACUCUCCUGAGAGACCAGUGUCUCCAGACAGCAGACUGACGCUGUGGAUGCAGACGUUCCUGCAGACUACACACUGUACAGUGCAACGCUUGGGACAAAUAUGUGGGCGCCACAAGACAAAUGGAGAUCUUAAACAGAACUGCGUAGAUACUGCGUGUUCAAUCACAGCAAUCAACGGACUGAAAGGAGUUUGGAGCGAAAAAACUUUCUUUUGUCACUGGACCACAGGGGCAUGAAGUGACAAAUACUGUAACAUAAACCAGUAACAAAUAACAGUAACAGUCAGACUUUAUCUCAUGGAGUUAUUUUUUAUUUCAGUACAUUUCUCAUUGUUUUCAUGUUAUCAAGUUGCCAACAAUGAUGAACACACAUGUAAAGAAUCACAGCAGCAGCACAGCUUAGUGUCAAAAGUAGCACCAUGGAGGAGUUAAAGGGUCAGUUCACAUUAAUGAGAAAAACAGUAUAUAUUACCACACUCACAAGUGGCCAUUUUGACAUCACAGUGCAGUGGUGGUAAAUGAGAAAUGUUUUGAACACUCAGAAGCAAUGACUCUUUACAGAACAAACAAUGUGCUGGUCACUUGAUAAUCCACAGACCUCAAUGUGGUUUCAGUUUGCAGUAUUUAGCACGUUUAGUUGAUCACUGGUUCCCGUCCUGGGGUUCACGCCUCCACUAGGGGGCACCAGAGCUUCACAGAGGGCUCGUAAAGCCUUCUUCAGUUUAAGAAGAGUAAAGACAACUUAAAAAUAUAUUUACAGUUUAACAAAUUUAUUAGACCACUUGUCAUUAAAGCAAGAAAACACAACUAUUUUAGAAAUAUUUCAAAAGCUUGUUUAACACUAAAAUGUAAUUGUAAUAAAUUGUUAUUUAUUUGGCAAUUAAACUGAAUGGAGCUUUUUAUACACAAAUUUGAGCCAGCUCACUGGGCUUCUCUGAAGUGAGAAAUUAAUCAAGCAGAAUAUUCAACCACUAAAACUCAUUUUCUGUUCAGGAAUGCUAAUAAAUAACUAUAAUUUGACAUCUUAAUCAAAAAAUAAUAAUGUGCUUUACUAUUUUUUUUUUUUUUUUUUUUUUUUUUUACAGUUUUUUGUAAAACAGUAAAUUUGAAAAUUCAUGGAUGACAAAAUUAUAUUUUAGCGUUAAAAAUAUAAUUUUGGUUAAAGAGCUUCUACAUACUGCUGUAUUAACCAUUAUAGAAACAUAAAAAAUGAUUUUGGUAAUUACCAAUGCUGGUAAUUUAGGACAGCUGUGGCAUAAACUGGUGGUCAAAUACAUUUGUUAAGCACUGUGUAUAGUUGGCCUAUAUCUCAGCCUUUUAUUCAUAUUUGUUAAAAAAAACUGAAUGAAAUUGAUAUGUUUAAAGCUUAGAUUAUUAAGUAAGAAAAGACAAUCUCACAGUUUAAUGCCACAUUAAAGAUCUGAAACUAUAUUCAUAAACGUUAUAAAUAUCCUGCAUUAGAAAAGGACGCAUUGAAAACAAGCAGCCAAUAGAACAAUUGUGAGCAUCAAGGAGAAGAAAACACUGAUUUUGUCAAAAGAGAAUCCAAUUACUAUGAAUCAUUGUUGAAAGAAAUAAAAUAAAAACAUGAUACAGAGUUAAAUACAUUAAAACAGUAUUAAAAGUUACUAAAAAAUACUCAUGAUGGAAUAUUCACAGGAAAUAAUAUGCUCAAAAUCAAUCCAAAUCACUCAUUUUAAACAAACUUCUUGCAGUUAUAGCAUUCACUAUUUUGGUUAAUUGUACAGUUUAUCAGCUGUUCCUUACUGUUAAUGUUAUGCAAUGAAUAUAAGAUAAAAUAUCCAUAAAAUAUAUCACUUAGUGAGAGGCCGCCGGAUCACUUUAAUGAAAGGAAAAGGUUGGGAACCACUGAUGAUUCAAACUGUUCAGAGGUGAUGAGUCUGUGGAUUAUUCACAGUAUUUGCACUUUGCUAUUGAGUUUGUCAAAGGAUGUGAGUUAGUUAGAAACACACACAAACAUCCAGUCAUCUUAGAGGUAAAAGGGCAGCUCUGUCUCAGCAGCAACAACCUAUCUCAACAUUUUAGCAAAUUAAAUACAUUCAAGGCAAAACAUAUCAGGGUAAAUGGAAAAUAAUUUGUGUGUGAUUUGGGUGAACUGACCCUUAUAUUCCCUCAAACUGACUCACUGAUUACAGCGAAGACACCAAUGAUUGUAACGCACAGGUGAAGUGCAUCUAAUUUUACAAAGAGGAGCUAAUCGGGAGCAUUUCUUAUAAACUUAUUGUAACUGAGAGAGAAUCACUAGAGACAUGAAUCACUCCUCAACACCAGAGAUCUGACCUUCAGUAAACAUCUGGCUCUCAGGGCAAUAACAAUACUUGUUUCUGGAUCAAUUGACUAAUCUCUGUGCCUUUUGAUUAAAAAAAUGCAUGUCAGUAUUGACACCAAAUACAUGAUAAACUACCUAUGCUGCAAGUAAGUUGCACGUGAUGAAAGACGAUGGAGGUAAAGGCACAUAGCUCCCACUGCUGACAGGUGCAGAUGUGCAUCCAUAACACAGCUUCUUUAUUACGCAAAGUGCCUUCACAAAAAGACUCCUACUAGUAUUUAUUAUCAAAGGCACAUCGCCAAACCACCAAUCAUCCAUCAUGUAUUAGCCGAAGGUUGUUUGAAAGCCUUUAUGAUGGUGUAUUUUUAUCAAAACUGAACAGUCUCCAGUAACGCUUUAAUUUACUUGUGACAAGCACAGGGGGGGUGGGGGGGGGCAACAUGUGUAAAUGCGGGCUCUGGCCACAUGUAAUUAGCAACAAAUAUAUGAGCAUAUAUGUAAAAACUCCACUCCAGUAUAAUUGUAAAACACCAUUUGUGAUAU